UCCUGAAUGAGGGACCUGGAAGACUCGGGUCCCAGUUUCUACAUUCCUGUUGACUCACUGUAAGACGCUAAAUGAAUGUCUUCUCCUCCAGGGGCAGGACGGGGAAAUGACAGGCAGGAAGUGGGGAUGGUGUCUUGGGGACAAAACAUUUAAUCCGUCUCAUCCCUAGCCUGGUACAAUGCCAGCUGGGCGCCCGGGCCACCUCAGGCCUCCCUGUCCCACCGCCUCCCGCCUCUCUCCUCUCUCCCCAGAACAUCCAGAGUCUGUCCCCCGUGAAGAAGAAGAAGAUGGUGGUGCCCGGGGCCCUAGGGGUCCCUGCAGAUCUGGCCCCCGUUGACGUCGAAUUCUCCUUCCCCAAGUUCUCCCGCCUGCGUCGGGGCCUCAAAGCCGAGGCUGUCAAGGGCCCCGUCCCGCCUGCUCCAGCCCGCCGGCGCCUCCAGCUGCCGCAGCUGCGGGUCCGGGAAGUGGCCGAAGAGGCCCAGGUCGCUCGGCUGGCUGCCGCCGCUCCUCCCCCCAGAAAAGCCAAAGCAGAGGCCGAGGCGGCCGGGGCCCGCUUCACGGCGCCCCAGCUGGAGCUGGUGGGGCCCGGGCUGCCAGGCACAGAGGUGGGCGUCCCCCCGAAGGGCCUGGGGAAGGAGGCCCCCGCGGGAGAAGCAGCCACUGGCUUUAGCCUGCACCUGCCCACCUUGGGGCUUGGAGCCCCGGCUGCACCCGCUGUGGAGCCUGUGGCCGUAGGGAUUCAGGUUCCCCAGGUGGAGCUGCCCACCUUGCCCUCGCUGCCCAGUCUGCCCUCGCUGCCUUGUCUGGAGACCCGGGAAGGGGCCGCGGCAGCGCUGACGGUGCCCACCCUGGACGUAGCGGUACCCACUGUGGGGGUGGACUUGGCUUUGCCGGGUGCGGAGGUGGAGUCCCAAGAAGAGGUGCCGGAGGUGGCCCUGAAGAUGCCCCGCCUCAGUUUCCCCCGCUUUGGGGCCCGAGCAAAGGAAGCAGCUGAAGUCAAGGUGGCCAAAGGCAGCCCUGAGGUCAAGGUGAAGGGGCCCAGACUUCGAAUGCCCACCUUCGGGCUUUCUCUCCUGGAGGCCCGGCCCACCGCCCCUGAGGCCGCUGUUGAGAGCAAGCUGAAGCUGCCUACCAUCAAGAUGCCCUCCUUUGGCAUUGGGGUCUCGCCACCUGAGGUCAAGGGGCCGGCUGUGAAGCUCCCCAAGGCCCCUGAGGUCAAGCUCCCGAAAGUGCCGGAGGCAGCCCUCCCAGAAGUGCAGCUCCCAGAGGUGCCCGAGAUGGCGGUGCCCGAGAUGCGUCUCCCAGAGGUGGCACUACCCAAAGUCUCAGAGAUGAAGGUGCCCGAGAUGGCGGUGCCCGAGAUGCGUCUCCCAGGGGUGGCACUUCCCAAAGUCUCAGAGAUGAAGGUGCCCGAGAUGGCCGUGCCCGAGGUUCGACUCCCAGAGGUGGCACUUCCCAAAGUCUCGGAGAUGAAGCUGCCGAAGGUGCCCGAGAUGGCCGUGCCCGAGAUGCGUCUCCCAGGGGUGGCACUUCCCAAAGUCUCCGAGAUGAAGCUGCCGAAGGUGCCCGAGAUGGCCGUGCCCGAGAUGCGUCUCCCAGGGGUGGCACUUCCCAAAGUCUCAGAGAUGAAGCUGCCCGAGAUGGCCGUGCCCGAGGUUCGACUCCCAGAGGUGGCACUUCCCAAAGUCUCGGAGAUGAAGCUGCCGAAGGUGCCCGAGAUGGCGGUGCCCGAGAUGCGACUCCCAGAGGUGGCACUUCCCAAAGUCUCGGAGAUGAAGCUGAAGGUGCCCGAGAUGGCCGUGCCCGAGAUGCGACUCCCAGAGGUGCAGCUGCCGAAGAAGGCCCCCGAGGUGAAGCUGCCCAAGGCUCCAGAGGUGCAGCUCAAAGCUGCCAGGGCAGAGAAGGUGGAGGGGGUGGAAUUCAGCUUCAAGAUGCCUAAGAUGACCUUGCCCAGGUUAGGGAGGGCAGGGUCCCCGUCACGAAGCAAGGCAGGCGAGGCAGGGGCUGAAGUCUCAGGGAAGCUGGUGACACUUCCCCGCCUACAGCCAGAGGUGGACAGCGAGGCUCGUGGGGGUGUCCCCUCCCUCACGCUGCCCUCAGUGGAGCUGCACCUGCCAAGAGCACUCAGCCUGGAGGGACAGGUCCCAGUGGCUGAAGUGGGCAAGGUGGAGCGAGCAGAAGGCAAGGCAGCACAGGCAGAGGGCAAGGUGGAAUGGGCAGAAGGCAAGGCGGCAGCAGGGGUUGGGGAAGUGGCCUUCCGGAUGCCCUCUGUGGAGAUUGUCACUCCACAGCUGCCCACCGUGGAAGUCGAGGAAGAGAGGGCAGAGGUGGAGGUGACGGAGAUGAAAGUCAAACCCACCUCCAGGUUCUCGCUGGCCAAGUUUGGACUCUCCGGGCCAAAGGCGGCCAAGGCAGAGGCUGAGGGGGCUGGACAAGCCACCAAGCCAAAGGCAUCCAAGUUCGCCAUCUCACUCCCCAAGGCUCGGGUGGGAACUGAGGUUGAAGCUAAAGGGGUCGGGGACGCAGGCCUGCUGCCCGCUCUCGAUCUGUCCAUCCCGCAGCUCAGCCUGGAUGCCCAUCUGCCCACAGGCAAGGUGGAGGUGGCAGGGGCCGAUUACAAGCUCAAGGGCCCCAGGUUUACCCUGCCCAAGUUUGGGGUCAGAGUUCGGGACACCGAGGCUGGAGAACUCAUGCCAGGGGUGUCUGAGCUGGAGGGCAAGGGCUGGAGUUGGGAUGGGAGGAUGAAGAUGCCCAAACUGAAGAUGCCCUCCUUUGGGCUGGCUCGGGGGAAGGAGGCAGAAAUCCAGGGUGGGCGUGUGAGCCCAGGAGAAAAGGCAGAGUUGAUGGCCGGACAGCUUAAGAUCCCUGAGGUAGAGCUGGUGACUUUGGGGGCCCAGGAGGAAGUGAGGGCGGAGGGGAUGGUGGCCGCCCGUGGGGCAAGGCUGUCAGGCCUGCAAGUGUCCACAACCAGCCAGGCAGGCGCCGAGGGCCAGGAGGGGGUGCUACGGGUGCCCGUGGGCAUCUCCCUGCCUCAGGUGGAGCUGACGGGAUUCAGUGAGGCCGGCCUGGGUGCAGCCGCCGCGCAGCAGGCUGAGGGCCCCGCAGGCUACAGGGUGCAGGUGCCUCAGGUGACCCUGUCUCUGCCGGAAGCCAAGGGGGAGGGUGGCGAGCUGCUGGUGGGAGAGGGCGUCUUCAGGAUGCCCACGGUGACGGUGCCCCAGCUGGAACUGGAUGUGGGGCUGGGCCGAGAGGGGCAGGUGGGCGAGGCGGCCACAGAUGAGGGUGGGCUGAGGCUGAAGAUGCCCACACUGGGGGCCAGAGCUGGGGCUGGGGUCGGAGGACCUGGAGACCAGCCCCCAGGGGUCGACCGGUCCUUCCACCUUUCACUGCCCAGCCUGGAGCUCUCGCCCCCUGCCAUCAGCAGCCACGCCGAGUACCAGGUGGUAGAGGGUGAGGGAGACGCCGGACACAAGCUCAAGGUUCGGCUGCCCCGGUUUGGCCUGGUGCGGGCCAAGGAGGGGGGUGAGGAGGGCGAGAAGGCCAAGAGCCCGAAGCUCAGGCUGCCCCGGGUGGGCUUCGGCCAGAGCGAGGCUGUUUCCGGGGAAGGCUCCCCCAGCCCGGAGGAGGGGGAGGAGGAGGAGGGGGACGAGGAGGGCAGCAGGGACGGGGCUUCUGGUCGCCGUGGCCGCCUACGGGUUCGCCUGCCUCGUGUGGGCCUGGCCACUUCUUCCAAGGCCUCUCGGGGGCAGGAGGGCGAGGCAGCCUCCAAGUCUCCUGGCGGGGAGAAGUCCCCCAAGUUCCGGUUCCCCAGGGUCUCCCUCAGCCCCAAGGCCCGGAGCGCGAGCAGGGACCGCGAAGAGGGUGGAUUCCGGGUCCGACUGCCCAGCGUGGGGUUUUCGGAGACUGGGGCUCCAGGCCCCGCCAGGAUGGAGGGGACUCAGACUGCUGUCAUCUGAAGCCCCCUCCUGCCUGCCCACCCCGCCCCUUUGUGUGUGAGUUAACCAGCACUAACCCCCAGAGGGCAGGAGUGCGAGGUCUCCUGCCCGGCUCAUUGGCAAGAGUGUCUGUAUCCUGCCAAGUCAUGUGAAUAAAUAAUCCAGAGGU